GUGGCCAAAUAGCGCCUGUCAAUAAAGAGAGGUGGCCGCAGGGGGAUUUGUAAGGAACGAGAUGGCAGGAAAAGCUGGAGCCUAAUUGAUUGGAAGUCCCCAAACCAGCAGCAAAUAACAAUAAUAAUUAUAAUUAUACGCACGCUCUGGCGGAGGGAAGCAGAGGAGAAGAGAGGAAGCGGCCACGAAUCAUGGCCCCCGAGCAUGGUAGCCCGCAGCAGCCAUGUGGCCGAUUUCGGGGAUAGAGUGCUUGGACAACGCAGGCCGUUCACCUUCUUCCAAGGCUCUAGGAUCAGAGCCUGGCACCUCCUCCUGUUUUGUCUUCGAGGAGACCACUGUGGCACAGCUUCUACAUGCCCCUGCACCUUGCCACCCAGGCCUCUUUACAGCCAGCAAUCAGGUGACACCCCGUUUCACGUCGGGAUUCUCCGGCCACCAGACGGGGUUUCGCGGCCUUCUUGCCGGCCCUUCCGCCACAGGGAAUUAAAAAUGACCGCCUUGGUUGACCUUUGGAAAAGGAAAGAUGGCUUUGGCCCGGUGAUGGCUGGCAGAUGAGAGGCGAAGAAAAAAUAAUGGAGAAGCUGGAUACCCCUCAGCCGCCGGUUGCCCCAGAACAGCAAAACCCGCAGCCACCAGUCUCCCCAAUUGAGAUCCCCUCCCCAGCUACUGGGGGAGAUGAGGUUGAGGCAACCCCAUCGCCCACAAGCCCCACCUCUUCUUCCCCUCCAGCUAAGGGGAGCCCUUCUCCCCCUGAGCCUUCCCCGGCCCCAUUGCCUCACAACGUCCCGGUCAUCAGCCUGAGCUACAGCAGCAAGCCCCCCGCCCAUGUCGAGGUCCCCACCACUCACCUCACUGCUCUGCACCCCAUUCCCGGCCUCUUACAGCUCUCGGCUCUUCCGGCUGGCCCUCCUCCGCCCCCUAUGGCGAAUCUAGCUGGAGCGAGGAGCCCCCUUUUGCCCCCACAGUAUCAGCCGCAGUACCAGCCCUUUCUCAACAGCAUCUACAUUGGGAGCUCUGGGACUUUUGGCCUCUUCCCCAACAACCGCCUCAAGCGGAGGCCGAGCCAUUAUGAACAGGACAUCACGGAGGGUCAUCAGCCCCAGAAAGUGGCACGCCGGGUCUUCACCAACAGCAGGGAGCGCUGGCGGCAGCAGAAUGUCAACGGCGCCUUUGCUGAGCUGCGGAAGCUCAUCCCUACCCACCCGCCUGACAAGAAGUUGAGCAAGAACGAGAUCCUUCGCCUGGCCAUGCGAUAUAUCAACUUCCUGGUCAAGUUGCUGAGCGACCAGGCCAGGUCAGCUGGCGGAGAACCUCCUGAAGCGGAAGCCCCUUGCAAUGGCACCCCGAGGACUCCCUCGCCACCCACAGCACCCAUAAAAAUGGAGCAAGUGACUGUACUGGGGGCAGGAGAGCCGCGGUGAUGAAGAGCUCUCUGCCCACAUGUGUGCGGCCGUUGCUUCUCUCCCUUCACACGCUCCAACAGUGCCACACAGCCAUGUGUUUAGACUGAAGCAGCAUUGAAGCACCUGGACCGAAUAUCCCUUCUGGGCACUGGGUGGAGGACUUGUGAUGUGGAGGCUGGUAUGACCUUCCGAGGAAGAAAGCUUGGAUUUCAGGGUCUGAAAUCCACACAGGGAUCCAUCAAACAGUCCCCUUUGACCAGGACAUCCCGCCAUGCCCACCUGGUGGCUUGUUUCCAGAAUGACCCACGAGUAAGUGUGGGGUGGGGGGAGCAGCAGGGAGCCUGGUUUGUAUGAGACACACCCCUCUCCUGCCCCCAUCUCCAGUGAGGUGGAGCCCUUGGGUGGGCGAGGGGGGGCGUUCUCCUGUGUUUUACCUCUUCUCAAUGUGCAUCACUUCCAAAUCCUCAUCUAUUUUGUGUAGGGUCUUUAAAUCGAUAUAUGAGCCCAGGCAAAGGAAAAGGAAUAAAAUCAGGGUGUCAGGGUUAAGGGCAUUGGAACGGGGGGGGGCAGCCCUCAUCCCAUAGACUCCGCCUCUCUGUUGCGAAGACCCUUCAUCCCAGGGCAUGGGCUCAACUCCCUCUGUAAAAGCCAACAAGAGAGGGCAAAUAAAUGGGCAGAAGAGAACGGGUGAGGCAGUCCCUCUCUCCCCGCCAAUCGUCUGCUCACGACUGCAGCCCCUUGUGGCUGCUUUUCAUUAAAAAUAUAUAUUAAAAAAGCUGGAAGACUAUUAUAUGCAUCUGAUAUGUCACAUCUGAUUUGACCCUUACUAGCUCACGCUGGGUGGAAUUCAACAAAAUGUAACUUGGAGUAAAACUCCGCUGAGUGCCGCCCUCUGGAAUGUGGGUUCAACACACUGAAAUGGGGAGGGGAAAUCCUUCAGAAAGAAAACCAGGAAAAGGCUGGGCUAGCACUCUCCUCACUGACAACCUUAUAGGGAUCUUUUCCUUGUUACUGUGUGUUACCUGCCGCCGUCAGCACGUGAUACACCUCACCGCCGGAGAGAGCCAGGCCUAUUGGUGCUUCUUUCUUCAGCUCGCAGCCAUAAUUUUAGAGGCCCCAGUGGGCUGUAAGAGGAACUACCCAAGUCUGGGGUUUGAGGGUCUUUGGGGUGGGUGUGUUGGGACAGACGGGCGUUGCCGCAACGACUGCUGUGUCACUGCUGGUGGGCCAGUGCCUAGCUUGUGGUGGUUGGGCUGUUGCUGGGAGCCCCACGGCCUCAGGAACGGCUCCCCUUCCUGGAAAUGGAAAUGGCGGUUUGUGCUGAGUCAGUGUCCAAAAGUGCCCCCAAUGCUUUCUGGGCCUCCUGCCAAAACCAAAUGUGCCAGUAGCAGAUCCAGGAGGGUGGGAGGUCCUCCUAGGCUGCUGGUU